AUGUAUCAACACUGCCAUUCGCCUACUAACUCCAAGGGAAAUUUGAUAUACCUCGCUCUCAUGACAGAACGUAUCCCAAAGUUCCUCUCCACUCAUAUCGACCCAAGCGCACCUCCAUUUGUUUUCGGGGAAGUGUUUGACGUCCCUCGACUCAACGAAGUCAAGGAUCCAGAAAGCCAGGUUCUCGAUGAUCUUGGCUACGGUUGGACUGUCUGGGAAACCGUUCAACAGCACCUCGAGAUUCCUGAACCACGACAAAGUCCUUCCCUGAACCUGCUCAAGCUCGUGAUUAAACGCUUGGCCAUCACAGAUGUCAUGUGGACGCGAACCUCAGCUUGGGUCAAGCUGAUAUCUCCUAGCCUUUUCGUCUCUUGCAUCACUUGGGUUUCCAGAGGCUCAUUUGAAAACCUGGAUUUAUCAUCAACGGAUUAUCCUUCUCUUCAGCAUCAGGUUUCCCUUCCCCCAGACGAUCACGUAUUAUGCUUCGAUUUCCUUUACUACAUAAGCGCGCAUCAUACAUGGGAAUGGGAGUUAGACUAUUCUCCUGCAUGGAGAUUUGUAGGCCAACACAUGCGAUGGACUGCAAGCAUGGAAAAGAUUGCCGAUGCGCAUACCCGACGCGCCAUGAAUGUACCAGCAACUGAAACAACUCCUCCCGCGAGUCAAAUUUUCGGGCAUGGUAUAUCCAUCAACAUGCGGCACGAUCAGUGCUUCGCCCCAUUGUCUGUUAUUGCGCGCAGGGUAUCCGAGGUGCAAGAAGAGCUUCGGACACGAAAAGGGAUUGAGACCACGCAUGUUAUCAUGACGAGCGACGAAAGGGACCCGGAAUGGUGGUCAGAUGUUAGGGCGUUGGGGUGGAUGUGGGUAAAUUAUGCGGCGGAGCAGACAGAGGAGAUCUAUGGAAAAUGGCAUCCGGUGUUCAUUGAUGCUAUCAUUCGGUCGAAUGGAGCUUGCGUCGUUGGCACUCGUGGUUCUAUAAUGUCCACACUAGCUAGCCGCCGAGUAUAGUCGUGGCAUGACGGAGCGACUCGGCUCGUUAGAUGGGGGUGGCCGGGCGCGGACGACCACUGAUGCUGAUUGGAAUGCUAGGAUCGAGACUACUUUGUGUGUUACAAAUCAUUGGCUACAAUGUUCUUGUGUGAUGCACAUAAUAGUCGCUCUCGGGCUCGAAUUCACAGGCGAAAGCAACGAAGGCUUAAUCUUCUUGAUGCAUAGUACAGGAAAAGUUGCCUUCCUGACGGGAAUCAACGUUUAACAAUCAAGACGCACCAUAGACAUGUAGAGGCCUUAUACUAGAGCCGUAAGGUGAGCGGCGAUGAGACGUAAGACUUGAGCUUGAAGGUUUGUUGGAGAGGUGUGAUACUGGCUUCAUGUCUCGGUAGGGCUUGAAACUGUGAAGACAAAUGUCGGCCGCAUGUAGCCAGUACAAUCGGG